GGAACUAAUCCUUUCCCAUCUUGUACCUAAAGUGACAUGCAUUCACUAACAUGACCCCAUGAUUUAAUAAUCUAAGCUUAAAAGAGAUUACGAUAUAACCUUAGCUAAGGUCUCAACAACACCAUAAAACAACAAACCAGUAUGCAAUUUGUAGAACAAAACUUUAACCGUAGAAAGGAAACGCAUCAUGGAAGUGCACUUGAUAUUUACUUUCCAGAACAUAUCUGAAAGACUUCGACAAAAUUCGAUUGAAAAGAAAUGUGAUGAACAAAGCAACCGGUACAACAAACCAUGUCAACCCAGUUUUUCAGGGUACUUCCCCAAUAGCAAUCAUGGGAAUGUCACUUCGUCAAUCACCUCGUUACCAAGUUCUCAAGAUUGUAGAAAUCCGCGUCGCUUGCAAUAUUUUCCUUCUACAAACCUAACCCCAACCCCAUUACAGGCGUAUGUUUCACCGCCUCAUUUGAAACUUGUGUUUCCAACUUCUCAUGAUAAGGUGGAUGCUGAAAGCUCAAUCAUGUAGAAGUUGGAAACUUUAAAGACCAUUUGGUAUCACUUAUUAAAGAACCGAAAAAAGGGGAAAAAAAGACCUUUUAAGAAAUAACUGAGAAUUCAUAUAGAAAAUGAAAAGUUAAAACUACAAAUUUUUAAAGGUUUCAUGUUCUAAAUUUAUAUUAGAAUUCAGGUUGCCUCUGAUAGCAUUCACCUUUCUUCUUUUUGAAGUUUUAAGAUAAAAAUUAUAUAAGUUUUCUAAUUAAACUUUUUAUCAUUU